AUGGUGCAGAUUGGAAAUUGCUCUAUCCCCACCGAUUUCCAGAUUGUGGAAAUGAGAGAGAGUAGCCAUAGACCUCUCAUAUUUGGAACCCCUUUCCUGUCUACUGUGGGUGCCAUAUUUGAUUUCCCCAAUCAAAGAAUCUCUUUCAACAAGGUGAACAAGGGAGAAACUGAAGAUACAGUCAAGGAAGAUCCCAUUCCUAAGCCCAAGCAGCUUGCCACACAAGCAAGGAGUAAGACUAAGGCCCCUACACCAAAACCGCCCAAGGGAUCAUCCAAGAUUGAAGAUGAGGCCAAGCCAAGAAGAAAGGUUAGAAAACCUAGGUCUGGCCGCAACAUGAAGCUUCUAUUCCCAAAGGAGCUUAUUGAUGAGAAUCUAGAAGGAUUCAAGGAGAAAGUUACAAGAACUCUACAACUUUUUCCUAAGGCAUUUGUGCCAAGGGACAUCCAUGGAGAGAUUGUCUAUCCAGCUGUGAAUCACCCACCAGAUACUCAUUGCAAGGAGAAAAGACUUGGAGGAUCAAAGAUGCCUCUAGUCUCCAUCUUCUCCUGA